CUUCGGCCUGGUUCGCUCAGACUGAGGUGCAGUUUGCCUUACGUCAGAUUACCGCCGCCGAAACGAAAUACUACUACGUGGUAUCUGCCCUCGGAAGUUCUACAGCAGCGAGAGUGGUGAGCCUUCUUAAACAUCCUCCUCCGGCAAGAAAAUAUGAAACUCUGAAGGAAUACUUACUAAAAACAUUCAAACUGUCUGACGCUGAAAGAGCCAAUAGGCUUUUCUCUCUUCAAGGGCUCGGUGAUAGCAAGCCCUCAGAGCUAAUGGACCGAAUGCUAGAUUUGCUUGGGGACAACAGGCCAGAUUUCCUUUUCCUCCACCUUUUCCUGCGCCAACUGCCUGCUCAUGUGAGAGCUGCUUUGGCCAACACUGCCAGCACGGAUUGCAGAGUACUGGCUGCAGAGGCUGAUAAGUGUUUCCUGGCUAGUCAGCAGCCCUGCGCAGCGGCACUCCUCCCUGCUGGUGCUGUUUCUGACGUACCGGAUGACUGCAGGCUCGUCGCAGCAGCAGCCCCACGUCGCCAGCAGUCUUCAGGUGUGUGCUUCUACCAUYCCAGGUUUGGCCCCAAGGCCAAGCGCUGCCGCUCUCCAUGCAGUUUCGGCGGAGUGGGAAACGCCAAGGCCGGCGCUCACUAGUGGCCGUGAGCGUCGGCCAUGCCGGCAGGCUGCUCUURAUCCACGACUCCAUCUCCGGCUGGCAUUUCCUCUGCAAUACAGGGGCACAGAGAAGUCUACUGCCUGCUUCACAAGUGGACGUUGCGGCUGACACCCACGGCCCCCCCAUGGAAGCCGCUAACGGCAGCCCCAUUCGUACGUAUGGCACGAGGCAUGUUGAACUGUGUUUUGGGGGCCAACGCUUUGGCUGGGAC